CUGUACACGAAAUAAAUGGAAAAAUCAAAUGACGAAAACCACUCUGCUAGUACUCAAAAUAUUGAGUCAACUUUCGUCGAGCUCGAAGGAAUUCUCAACUCCUCUAAAAAUAGUGAAAAAGACAAAUGUGCAGCUUGGCGCCAGCAAUCCAUUAUAGUUAAGUCCCUUAAUGGAACUUUCGCAAAUGAUUUUAUGGGUCGCCAUUGGGUACAUCAUAGUUCCCUUACUAAUAACAGUGAUGAAUUUCAUAAAUAUUUGCGUGAUGCUUUAUCUGAUGAUGAACGUUACAGGGAUAUUGUAUUUCCAAAUUUGGAUGACAUGAAUUUUCCAAGCGAACCCGCUGCAGGCAAUGAGAUUUUUAAUGAAAUAUUUAUUGAAAACAAUCAACCCUUUAAUACUGACAUUAACAUGUCAUUAGAUGAGGAAAUCAACAAUCGAAUUGAACAAUCAUCUUGUAUUCCCACGACAGCCGGUUUUAAGCACCGGAAUGACCCGAGUUCAUUCGGCCAACGGCUGUCAACUCAGCAAUCACUGCUGCUACAACAACAAUCAUCUUGCAAAAAUGUUCUACAGGGCCAAACUACACCAAAAACGCAGCUUUCAUCAUUUUGUUCGGCGCGUCAGCUUUUGGCCGUACAAACAUUAAAGAAACAUGGACAAAAUGAUGGCACGAUAAAACAGCAACGAAGCUUAAAUAAUCCGCAUAAGCCAGAUGUUGGUUUUAAUUUUUCAGCCACUAAAAAAUCUUUAGGUUCUCUUGGUCGUGUGAUCAAUUCUACACGUAAAAGUUUCGUUUCACCGAUACGCAGUGAAUCCACAACAAAAACAGAUGAAGUUUUAAAGAAUGAAGAAAACAUUGACACUGAGUUAGCGUUACUAUUAUCACAUCCAGCACUAAAAAAUGUGGAUUUAAAAAUGGUGGAACUAAUAAAUAAUGAAAUAAUUCAUAAAUUUAAACCAGUAGAUUGGAAUGAGAUAGCUGGAUUAGAAUAUGCGAAAUCGAUAAUAAAGGAAGCUGUUGUGUAUCCUUUACUACGGCCAGACAUAUUUACCGGUUUACGUAGACCACCUAGAGGGAUUUUGCUAUUUGGACCACCAGGUACUGGCAAAACGUUAAUUGGAAAAUGUAUAGCAUCCCAAUCUAGUUCUACUUUCUUCAGUAUCAGUUCGGCAUCACUGACUUCCAAAUGGAUGGGAGAAGGUGAAAAAAUGGUUAGAGCUUUGUUUGCUGUAGCCGUAGCAAGACAGCCAUCGGUAAUAUUUAUAGAUGAAAUUGAUUCUUUACUUUCUCAAAGAUCAGAAAAUGAAAAUGAAGGAACACGACGUCUAAAGACAGAAUUUCUUGUGCGUCUUGAUGGUGCUGCUACUUCUGAUGAUGAUCGUGUUUUAAUUGUAGGCGCAACAAAUAGACCUCAAGAAUUAGAUGAAGCUGUAAGACGACGCUUCGUUAAACGUCUUUAUGUACCACUGCCAGAAAUAGAUGCUCGCGCAGAAAUUCUUACAAAUCUUUUAAAAACAGUUGAGAACAAUUUAAGUUCAAAUGAUGUGAAAGAAAUAUCACAACUUGCUGAAGGCUAUUCGGGUGCUGAUAUGGACAGUUUGUGUCGUGAAGCAUCGAUGGAACCACUACGGUCAUUACCAGCUGAGACCAUAAUUACGUUCCGUAAAGAAAAUUUGCGCCCAGUAAUCAAAGACGAUUUUCACACUGCUCUCAAAAACAUUCGGCCUAGUGUUUCUCAAAGUGAUCUUAAACAGUAUGUCGAAUGGAAUAAAACGUAUGGUUCAAGUUGCUAACUAAUAACACUAGUUUAUAAGGUUUUUGCUCAUGAAUUGAAACAUAUCGGACUUCUAAAAGGUCUUCUAAAAAAUAUUAAAAAAAUCCUGGACGUCAAACUUUUGAGAUAUGAUAACUUUUGAACAUAUAAAAAUGUACAUUAAAUUAGGACAAAAAAAUUAAAAGUGAAGUGUUUUUUCAUUUGUCUCCCUCACGACACUGCAAAAGUAGUCUCCUAGCAUAUUCAUAUCCCAAAAACCUUGAUAAUUCCUCUCGAAAAACUUCAAAUCUUGAUGGAAACGCUCUCCAUUUUCGUCACUCAUGUGUCCGAGGUUUUCCGUGAAAAAAUCCACAUGAAAAUAUAAAAAGUGAAUUUUGAGGGAUAUAUUUACACCCAUCAGUUCAAAAUUAUGUAAUAAAUUCGCAACAAUAUCUAUUUAAUUUUGACUUUUCUUAUUCCCCAAAAAUUCUUGAAUAACAAGUUUAAAAGAAUUCCAUGCUGCAUUUUCAACAUCGUUUAAUAGACACUCAAAUUUGGUAUCAACCAAAAUUUUUCUUAUUAGAGGACCCACAAAUAUCCCUUCUUUUAGUUUAGCCUCAGAUAGACUCGGGAACACGCUGAAUAAAUAUUGAAAUGCUGGUUUUGUCUUAUCUAAAGCUUUUACGAAAUUUUUUAAUGUAAAUAAGCAUUUUGCAGUGUUUGUGUUAUAGGAAAACCUCGAUUUGACUGAAUAACUUUUCCGCAAAUAAAAAAAUGGUCUGGGUUUAUUUUACACUUUCUAGAAGACAUUUUAAAAUAGUUUUACUUUAGAGUUUUGUAUUUAAUAGCGAUUUAUUAACGUUUAUCUACAGGAAAGAUGUACUUUUAAACAGUAUUUAUUUUUUUCCCGUUAAUUUUUUUUGGAAUUUGUCAGAAGAAUACAACUCUGAAAGUAUCUAGUAGGUGAGAAACAAAAAUGGGUCAAUUAACUAGCGUCCCUGGCUUUUCUCAAAAAUAUAAGUUUAAUUCCAUGAGCAAACAAAAAUGUUUGAUUUGUAAACUAGUGUAAUUAUUUACUCAUAUCAUGUAUGUUUAUAAUAUUGAAUAAAUGUAUGAAAAUUAUAAUUUAUUUUUCAUUCUCCAAA